CGCAGCGACGAAGCUGGCGCUGUGUGUUGUGAGUUUGGAUGAUGCGGGAGAGAGAUGCAGCAGGAGUGGGACGGCGCAUGAAUUUGGACUCGCGAACUGGGUUCGAUGAUUGGGUCACGCAUCGGCCGUGGAGCUUCUCACCAGCCCGGAGUAUCUAUACAAUUGUGGAAGAGGAUCUUGACUCGCUGACGAAAAUAAACCACAAUUGGGGAUGACGUUUGAGACAAUGGAUUGCUCGUAUCUCAUCUGUGUUGAGCUUCCUUGCGGCUUUCGUAUAUUUUCUGGAGAACCUGCGACCGAAGUUUUUGUUUAGCUCGAGGGAAUUGCUAUCUUGGGAGGGAAAAGAAGACACAGCCAUGGUUGGCCAAAGCCCUAAACCCCGCCAGCUUACUGCCAGGUAUGGUAGUAGGAUUUUUGCUAGGCCUUUGGGUGGAAUUGCCUAAGAGAGGAUUUGGGAGUUCUCGUCAAAAUCCAGUUCCUAAGAAGAAAGGAAUUGUUGGAAACCAAAGUGUCAGCCAAAUAGGCGACGAUGGUGAGGAGUUGAAAAUGGUCUUUGUCGUUCGUCAAGAUCUGAAAAUGGGAGGAGGGAAGAUUGCAGCUCAAUGUGCACAUGCAGCGGUCGGCAUAUAUAAUGAACUUCUUACGAGAAACAGAGCUUUGUUGAAGAGAUGGGAAGAUUGUGGGCAGCCUAAAAUUGUUGUAACAUGCAGAAACCAGAAAGAAAUGAAUGAGCUGCGCGGCAAAGCAGACGGCGCUGGGCUACCAACCUACACCGUUGCUGAUGCUGGUCGAACUCAGGUGGCUGCUGGAUCGAAGACGGUUCUUGUGAUCGGGCCAGGAACAAAGGCAUCUGUGGACACACUUACUAGGCAUCUCCGGCUUUUGUAACCGAUUUAAAGUUUUGCAUGCUUUUGCAUUUUGGUUUUGACAGUUCAAUGAGUAGCCUAGCUUUCGUAAGUGUAGAAUCUAACAUAGGUCUACAUGUUAUCCAGUCACUUAAUACUCAGUCAUUUUCGCUGGCUCGUGUAUAGAAUAGGCAGCAUUGCACGCACAACUUCUUUUUAAGCAUAAAAUAAAGUGAACCAUUUAUGUCCCCGUGACUUGCAAGUA